AUGCGUAAGUGUAUUCCCAAAGCCAAUGCCCUUCCUGCUAAUUCGCUACCUGGCAGUUCGGAGACGGACCGCUCAGAAAUUGUUGCACCAGUACCACGCAGACAUCACAUUCUCCAGACCGAAAGUCGACACUGGCUUGCUACACCUCCUCUGUCCCCUUAUUCCCCUCCCAUUUCCCCCCUGUCUACCACCGCUAUAUCUCCCUUGCGCCAGAAACGUACAAGUCAGAAUCUCAAUACAGCCGCAAGCCGCAUCCUGUCUUCGCACCCAUCAUCAACCAUUCGCCAGCCCCGCAAGGAACCCAAGUCGGACGAUGAAGGUAGCAUGGCGAGGCAGUGGCUGAGGUGGAUGCACCAUGAGAAUAUGAAGGCAUGGAUUGUCCCCUCCCUCCUGCUGGCAUCCGUCUGGAUGAAAUGGGCCGUAGGAUUAGGAUCAUACUCUGGGCAGAGCACAACGCCUUUGUACGGCGACUACGAAGCCCAGCGCCAUUGGAUGGAAUUGACCAUCCACCUGCCCAUCCGGCAGUGGUACAAGUACGACCUGCAGUACUGGGGAUUGGACUACCCACCCCUUACGGCAUACGUAUCAUGGCUAUGUGGGAUUGUAGGCUCAUGGAUAGAACCUUCCUGGUUUGCGUUGGAUGAAUCUCGAGGAAUUGAGUCUCCCGAAAGCAAAGUCUACAUGCGGUCAACCGUGCUCGCUUUUGACACCCUCAUAUACGUGCCCGCACUGGUCAUGUUCACGAGAGUUUGGCAAGGGUCGCGUUCAUCGCGAACACAGAAUUUUGCUCUCUUCGUGCUGCUUUUCCAGCCAGCUCUGUCAAUAAUCGAUUUUGGACACUUCCAGUACAACUCGGUUAUGCUAGGAUUUAUGCUGCUUGCCAUGAACUUCUUCGCAAUAGAACAAGAUCUUCUCGGUGCCGUGUGUUUUGUGCUCAGUCUAGGCUUCAAGCAGAUGUCGUUAUACUAUGCGCCCGCCAUCGGAACAUAUCUUCUCGCAAAAUGUGUCUAUCUUGGGCCGUCCGAUGGUGCCAAAUUAUUCGUUCGUUUAGGUGCUGUGACUGCCGCGUCAUUCGUUGUACUCUUCCUUCCAUGGCUUCCACCCUUCGCCCCUCUUUCUGCCAUCCUAGAUCCCAUCACGCGCAUAUUCCCGUUCGGCCGCGGUCUCUUCGAGGAUAAAGUCGCCAACUUCUGGUGCGCCAGCAACGUCGUGCUCAAGUGGAAGCUGUGGGCGGCUCAAGGCGUAUUGAUCAAACUUUCUACUGCUCUGACCGCACUCGGCUUUUCCCCAGCUGUCGCCACGCUCCUCUUGAGCGGUUAUAGACUUCAACAAGCUGCCACUGCCGAGAAGGACAAGACCUCUUCCAAGCACACUCCUCUCUUGCCACUGCUCCCAUACGCACUCCUCACAUCCUCUCUCUCGUUCUUCCUCUUCUCCUUCCAAGUGCACGAGAAAACUAUCCUAGUCCCCCUGCUCCCGAUGACCCUGCUAAUGUCCGGCGCAUCGCCGGAUGAACACACCUUCGAGCUGGGCAUGCUCAUGAACAACGUGGCUAUGUUCAGCAUGUGGCCUUUGCUCAAGAGAGACGGACAAGGCGUUGAAUAUGUCGCUCUGUUGGUUCUGUGGAAUAUGGUCAUUGGAUACAACCCGUUCAGCAGGCCCACACGCUCCUACCUCCGCAUGCUUUCAGUCAAGUCUGCAUUCAACCCUCCACCUCGCUUCCCCGACAUCUAUCCCGUGCUCAACGUUCUUGUCAGUACUCCAGUCUUCAUGCUGGUCUGGCUUUGGAGCAUCAAGCGAGGGAUUGAAGUCAGUUGGGCAGUCGGCGGUCUUGGCUCGAGCUCCCGCCCAAAGUCGACCACAGCUACACGCCGGAAUGCGGACGAGGAGCUCGGGAAUGCGGACGAUAAGUCUGGGAUUCGCGCAGGGACGGAAGAGGAAGGCGAACCCGCCAACGAGAACGGCAGUGUCGAUAUUACACAGGAACAAGUGUUCCAGCCUUCCACGGGCUCUUGA